UCCGAAUUCGCAGCCUUGGAAUCUAGCUUGCACAUGGAAUCAUCUGAAGCUAAAUUGAGGUCCAACAACGGCUUUAUUAAUUUGGAACAUAAGUAUUUCAGCAACAUUAUGGAUUUGAAAAGAGUAAACAACUCUGCUGCUGUCCAAAGAAAGAUCAAUGUACAAGGAAAGAAGACGGACUAUAGCAGUUCAUUCAAACAAGAGAAUAGCAAAAGAAUGUUAUCAAUGAGUUAUUUCAGCUUAGAGUCAGUGCUUCUGCUCCUUUGUCUCACAGCAUCUUUGCUACUUCUGCCAUUGAUUCUUCCACCAUUGCCCCCACCACCUUUCUUGUUGCUGCUUCUCCCCAUUUUCAUACUGCUUCUUCUCAUGAUCUUAGCAUUCAUGCCUAAUUCUAAUGUUCGAAAUGUGACACAUUCAUAUUUGUAAUGUUGCUUAGAAGAAAUCAUCACAUCACAUAGCUCUCUUGCUUUCUUAUAGUGAUAAUACAUUUUUUUCAUCUCCUUACAAGUAAUUUAGACUAGUUUAAUUACUCUAGUUUGUAGUUCCUCAAUAGUGUGAGGUUUGUGGCACCGUAAAAGAAAUAUGUAGUAGUGUGAUGACCCAAUAUGUUAUCUUUAAUUUUAAACAUUCAUUUCUAUAUUUUGA